UUAUUCGAUCACAUAUUAGCUGUAGCAAUGGCAAGAGUUCGAUGGAGAAACGCAAGUUUCAUCAAGCAGUACUGUGCCAACUGCACCAUGGCUGGGUUCAGACACAUAGCCAACAGCAAUUUAUAUGUGGUAGAGCGAUUGUUUUGGUUGAUAUGUGUGGUAUGCUCAGCCAUAGGAUCGUAUAUGCUGAUCAGUCAUUACGAAAGGAACUUCGUUCGAAGCGCUGUUAGCAUCGGCUAUGAGAGUUUGCCUUCGAGCCACAAGGUCCAGUUCCCAAGCCUAGCUGCCUGUGAAGCACACACCAAGUUUAAGAUUGGAGACAAUGUACUAGCCUACGUAAACUCCUUAACUCCCAAUGGAUCCGCGUAUAGCACCAAACUUGAGAAAUUCAUACAAUAUAUUUUGUUCCCGUCCGUAUAUAUGAAUGACAUUUUCAAAAAUUUAUGUCCAGAAGAUUGUGAGGAGAGUGCCGAAUGUCCAAAAUGUCCUCAGACUGGCAUGCGCAUAAUGCACAAUCAGAUAAUGACCAAGUGCAACGAGUUCUUCGAAGCGUGCGAAUUCGCUCACAAACGAUUCGACUGCUGCAAGUAUUUCCUGCCGCUGACCACACCAUCUGGCAACUGCUUUAUGUUAAAUUCUCUCCUCAACAACGGAAGGGGAAGUCCUACAUGGUUCAAUAAUGAGUUGGAUCCGCUCACGGACAUUGCCGAAAUGAAAAUUGUAACCAAGCGGCCUGUGGAGAUGUCUAUCCUGAACGAAGAGGACAUCCCUUAUGGCACACCAACUAAAUAUAAGAUGCUCGCCUCUAAGCAAGGCGAAGUACAAAUCUCUCAGAUAUUCAUGCAAACGACGAGUAACGAUCCGGACGUUAGAGAAAUUCCCCCCGAGUACAGGGAAUGUCGGUUUCCUGACGAGCUGCUGGACAACACGGCAUAUAAAGCAUACAGCUUUAGCACUUGCUUCACUGAUUGCUAUAGAAUGUACCAACAAAUGGAGUGCAACUGCUCCGUUUUCACUUUUAUGCCUGAGGCCAUGAUGAACAAUCCUGAUUGUGACUUGGAUGGACUUCGAUGUCUUGAUGAGCUGAACUUGGUCACUCCUAAUGAAGUAGACUUGCUUCCCUGGACUAAUGGCAGCUAUCCAUGCCAAUGCUUACCUUCAUGCAAUGAAAUCGACUUCAAAGUGGUUUUCGACGUCAACCUACCGUUGAAUCAUUCGCAUCCGUAUUACGUAUUGCAUGUAACUAUGCCCGAGUUCGCUACGGAACGCUACCGACGUCAGUCUUUGCGAACACGACUAGACAAUGUGGUUUCAAUUGGUGGCAUUUUGGGUUUAUUUUUAGGGGCCAGCAUUCUCAGCGGCAUCGAAUUCGUCUACUACUUCACUUUUAGAUUAUGGAAUAACAUCCGCAUGUCACCGCAUGUCUAAAUAAACAGUUACACAGCACGUAUCGAGAUUUUUUAAAGCAAAUCAAUCCUGCUUCCCAAAAGCAAAAACCCAUUUUUUAAUCCCACAACCCGAUUUGAAACUUUUAAAAGCAAAUCAUUUUGGCUUCUCAAAAGCAGAAAACACACCAAUUUAUCUUUUUUUGCGUCAGCAAAAGAAUAGCAACAUAGAAAAAUGAAGAGUUCGGAUUAAAAAUAUCUCUGAAAUCAGACCUUUUAAAGAAAUAUGUAAUAAUAAUAAACGAUUUUGCAGCUUAAGGUUAUGCAUAAA